CGAUAUUUGACGUUGUUAUACAUCUCAAUGAAGUUGCACUUCAGUCAAUUCUCGAUUAAUAACUCAUCAUUUUUACUGUUUAGCUGGCAUGUUUACAGUGUUAACGAUAGUUUCGGGAGCAGUCAUCCUCACUCUGAAUUGUGUAAUGUGUCUGGACAAUGGGUUGGCUAGAACACCGCCAAUGGGAUGGAACACAUGGCAAGUAUUCGGCUGUCAGUUGAAUUGUCAGAGGUAUCCAAACAACUGUCUUAAUGAGGAUGCAAUCAAACGAACAGCCGAUAAACUUGUAUCGGAUGGUUGGCGAGAUUUGGGUUAUAAAUAUGUGAUACUUGAUGAUUGUUGGUUAGCAACACAACGUGAUCCGAUAACGAAUAGAAUUAUGGCAGAUCCUUCAAGAUUUCCGAGCGGUAUGAAAGGCCUGGGACAAUAUUUACAUUCGAAAAAUCUAGUGUUCGGAGUAACUAUUGGUUAUGGAACUCUGACAUGUUCAGGUUAUCCAGGUAGCAUGAACUUUCUCGAAUUGGAUGCAAAGACUAUGGCUGACUGGGAAGUGGAUUACGUGAAGAUGAACUCUUGCAUCGGUCGUGAUCACGUGAAGCCUGAUGGUUUUGAAAAAUUCUCUCGACUACUUAAUGGAACUGGAAGACCUAUGGCGUUCUUGUGUACAUAUCCUCUAUAUGAAACACGGUAUACAAAACCCAAAUCCGUUGACUGGAAGCGAUUACAAAACAACUGCAAUCUAGUUCGCGCUCUGCCCAAUAUUUAUAGUAGUUGGGGAUCUGUAUUCAAUAUUAUAGAUGAAUAUAAACUUCGCAAUGAUAUUUUGCCGAAAGUGGCUGGUCCCGGACAUUACAACGAUCCCGAUAUGUUAGUCUUGGGAAACAACGGACUUUCGAAUGAUCAAAAGCGAGCUCAUAUGGGCAUGUGGUGUAUGUUCGCUGCCCCACUACUGAUCUCAGCUGACAUGGACAAGGUGGAUGAAUUCAGUGCAUCUCUGUUACGUAACAAACAUUUGUUGGCGAUAGAUCAGGAUAAAGGUGGACAUCAGGCGGAAUUCGUGAAAACACGAAAUGAUGUACAGGUGAGUUGAUGCAUUAGAUUGGAAUUCUUAUACACAAGUCUUGAGAUACUUUCCUUUCUGUCUCAAUACCACGAAACUUCACUUUAACCUUAUCAAAGUAAUUGAUGUCUAUGUGUAAGAUGUUUGUCAGUUGAAUCUGUUUCAACAACCUGUUGAUCAUGUCAUAUUUAAUGUACAGCAAACCAGCAUGUGAAUAGACAUUGUUUGUGGAGUUGGUGAUAGUGUCGCUCCAAGUAUUUCAAUGUAAUGAGAACGACCUAAAUCAUUGAAUCGGUAAUAUUUUCAGUAGUCAUCGUUGCUUCUUUCUAGUGUAAUCACAAAAUCCUGACGGCUGUCUUCGAAAACCGAUGUUCCGAUUCAGCCCUUUAAAUUAACACGAAACUAGUAAGCUGUUUAAAAUUUGAUAUGACAAGUUCAAUACAUUUCAAUCUAUUUUUCUU